AAUGACUUGACAAUUUGACAUCUGAAUUUUAAUCGAACGCUGAGUUGCGGUUUGCUUGAUUUUUAUUGUUUGUUACUAGUGCGGCUUUUGAUUUUCAAUAAAUAUUAAAUAACAUUUCAAUUAUGUCGAACAUACAAUUACAAUGCCUUCUCGGUAUACAAUGCAAUGACUUUGUUAUGAUAGCUGCUGAUCAGACCAACAGCCACAGUAUUAUGGUGAUGAAAGACGAUGAGGAUAAAAUAUACAAAAUAUCGGACAAGCUUGUCAUGGGAGUGAUCGGCGAUUCUGGCGAUACCUCACAGUUCGCAGAGUACAUUGCUAAGAACAUCCAGCUGUAUAAAAUGCGGAACAGUUAUGAGCUGGGACCAUCGGCAGCGGCUAAUUUUACUCGCCAGAACUUGGCUGAAUACUUAAGAAGUCGUACACCCUACUUUGUAAAUAUAUUAAUGGGAGGUUAUGAUAAAGUCAAUGGUCCGGAACUAUAUUUCAUGGAUUAUUUGGCAUCAAGUGUUAAAGUACCUUUUGCUGCUCAUGGUUAUGGUGGUUUUCUCAGUUUGAGUAUCAUGGAUCGUCAUCAUAAGAAAGAUUUGACAGAAGAAGAAGCUUACAACAUUCUGAAGUUGUGUGUACAAGAGGUGCACAGGCGUCUAUUUGUCAGUCUGCCUAACUUCCAAGUAACACUUGUUAAUAAGGAUGGAGUGAAAGCGCUGCCUGUUAUUAAUUCUAAAUCUCUACAAUAAUUUUUUUAUAAGAUUAAAAAAUAAACAAUA